CAGCUCCUGUGUAUGUGUGUUUGAACUCCUUGUGUGUGUGUGUUAAGAAGAGUUUUAUGUGUGUGCACAGUGCUGUUUUUUUUUAAAGAGGAGCUGAAGUGCAGCCGUUCAUCAGUGGAGCUGACUGCAGUCAGGGGAAUACUCAGAUCUCACAGCACCGCUUUUCAACUUACUGCUGCUUACAGGACCUUUUUUUUUUGAAGACUCAGUGGACUUUUAUUUUGCACCAAACCCGGACUGCAACGCCGUUCUCUUUUUGUCCCACUUCUACCUUUCACUGGAAUUACUGAUAUUCAUUUUUCCAGAGAUUCUUCCAGGAUUUGAAAUUUUUGUUUAUUUAUUCUUCUAGUUUCUGGGCUGUCCAUCUCUGGUAUUUCUAUUAAUGUAAUUCCAAGCUUCUUCUACACAUAGUUGACUUAUGAGAUGUUAAACCUUUAAUGGACAUUUAAAAACAAGCGUGUAAAGGUGUGCAUUAGCCAUAAGUUUAGUAGUGUCUGGGACACAGAAAAGUAGUUUAGAGAAUGGAAACCAUUAGUGAUACAAGAGGCAUGAUGGGCUCAGGUGGAUGCUGAUCCUGAACUGGACUCUCCUGAACCUUCGCAGACUUUCCUCUGGAACUAGAUGGGAAGGUCCCUGUGUCCAGGCGGAAUGUUUUUGCCCUUUCUUGGAUGUGAGAGGUGAUCUGUGUCGUCCUUCAUAAGAGAACCUGUGAAUAUAUCAAGAAAACUCUUGAGAAGAAAGAAGUCUGGAAGAUACACCAACAAGAAGCCAAGAUUACUGGUUAUUUUCCAAAUAAGAAAAAGACUGUAUGAUGGUGAAAUAGUACUGGACGAGAACCAGAUAAAUAUAUCCUCUUACAGUACAAAUGUUGAGCACUCAAAGCCACCAAAGCCACUAGAUCCUAACUUUGGAAAUAAAGACGUUUGUGUAAAGUGUGCCAAAAUGAUGACCAUGAUGAUGAUGAUGAUGGUCACCUGCAGCUCUCUGUUGCUGCUCGGGAUGGCAGCUGCCUACUCUUCCACCAGCACUGUGACCCGUGCUUCAUCCUCCUCCUCAUCUUCCUCUUCCUCCUCACCACGCAUGAAACUUUCAUACAAAGAAUUACAACAGUAUCACGGAGUGCGGCGAUUUGAGCUUGAGCGAUCCUGCUGUUUCAGUGCAAUGCUGCUGGAUGAAGAGAGGGGCCGGCUGUUUGUGGGGGCCAAGAACUUCUUGCUGUCACUCUCAUUGGACAACAUUGCCAAACAAGAGCACAAGAUCUAUUGGCCUGCUCCUGUUGACUGGCGAGAGGAAUGUAACUGGGCUGGCAAGGACAUCACUUCUGACUGUGUGAACUAUGUGAAGAUCGUGCACCACUAUAACCGUACCCACCUGUACGCCUGUGGAACCGGGGCCUUCCACCCUACCUGUGCCUUUGUGGAGGUGGGACACAGGAUGGAGGACCACGUCUUUAGGAUCGACCCCUCUAAGGUGGAGGACGGUAAAGGGAAGAGUCCAUAUGAUCCUCGACAUAAUGCUGCCUCUGUGUUGAUCGGUGACGAGCUUUAUGCUGGUGUAGCCACAGAUUUAAUGGGACGGGACUUCACUAUAUUCAGGAGUCUGGGGAAACGUCCCUCCAUUCGCACCGAACAGCACGACUCACGCUGGCUCAGUGAACCAAAGUUUGUCGGUUCCUUUUGGGUCCCUGAGAGUGAAAAUCCAGAUGAUGACAAGAUAUUUUUCUUCUUCCGGGAGACAGCGGUUGAAGCUCAGGGUCUGGGAAAGUCAACUUACUCCCGCAUUGGACAGUUGUGCAGGAAUGACAUGGGUGGACAGAGAAGUCUGGUGAACAAGUGGACAACCUUCCUCAAGACCCGCCUGAUUUGCUCAGUACCAGGAGCUGAUGGCAGUGACACGUACUUUGAUGAGCUGCGGGAUGUGUUCUUGCUGCAGACGAGGGACAGAAAGAACCCUCUGGUGUACACUGUCUUCUCCACUUCCAGCAGCAGUGUAUUUAAAGGCUCAGCUGUGUGUCUUUACUCCAUGAAUGACAUCCGGAGGGCCUUCCUGGGGCCCUUUGCACACAAAGAGGGGCCUAACUACCAAUGGGUCCCUUUCCAGGGAAAAGUACCCUAUCCCCGCCCAGGAAUGUGUCCCAGUAAGACAUUUGGGAGUUUUGAAUCCACAAAGGGUUUCCCAGAUGAUGUGAUCCAGUUUGCACGUCACCACCCUCUGAUGUACAACCCUGUGUACCCCAUGAGUCGACGACCUGUUUUUGUUAGAACCAAUGUAGACUACAGCUUCACACAGAUAGCGGUGGACAGAGUCAAUGCCGCUGAUGGACAGUAUGAUGUCAUGUUCAUCGGCACAGACAAAGGGACAGUACUAAAGGUGAUCAGUGUUCCCAAGGAGAGCUGGAACAACAUGGAAGAACUUUUACUGGAAGAGCUAGAGGUCUUCAAAGAUGCAUCAUCUGUCAUCAACAUGCAAAUCUCUUCCAAACGGCAACAGCUGUAUGUCGGCUCGGACACAGGAAUUGCCCAAGUGCCUCUGCACCGCUGCAGCGUUUAUGGGAAGGCUUGUGCUGAGUGCUGCCUGGCCCGAGACCCUUACUGCGCUUGGGAUGGAACAUCCUGUACUCGCUACCUGCCAAAUACAAAGAGACGUUUCCGCCGCCAGGAUGUCAGGAAUGGCGACCCCAACACCCUUUGCUCAGGAGACCACCACAAGCAUCAUGUUGCAGAGAAGAAGUUGUAUGGAGUUGAGGGAAGCAGCACUUUCUUGGAGUGUAUUCCCAAAUCGCUUCAGGCCAGAGUCACCUGGACCUACCAGAAACAUCCACAGAACCCCCGAGAAGAGGUACGUCUUGAUGAGCGUAUCCUCCAGACAGACAGGGGCCUCCUGAUUCGUCGAGUCCUAAAGAGGGAUGUUGGUGUCUACCAGUGCCAUGCUAUGGAGCAUGGAUUCACCCAGACGUUGCUGGGCAUCACCUUAGAAGUUGUACCAUCAACAUCUUCCUCCAUCUCCAAGCUACCCUCUGAUGCUCCUGCCCGACUAGAUCCCCGCAGCCGAGGUGGUCCCUCACUGACCAAUCAAAAGCUUUGGUACCGGGACUUCAUGCAGUUGGUGGACCACCCUAACCUCAGCACUGUCGACCAGAUUUGUGAGCAAGUCUGGGCACGGAAGCACGCUGAUGCUGACCAGGCGGCAAAGAGUUUUCCUUCUCCACGGAAGGAGAUCCUACCUUUGGGUCCUGAUGUCCGACCAGCCAAUAAGAAGUGGAAGCAUCUCCAGGAGAUCAGAAAGGGGAGAAACCGCAGGACCCACGACGGGAAAUCAAGCCCUCGGGCGCCACGCAGUGCAGGGGAAUAAUGAUGAAGAGAUGAAAAAGAGGGAGGGAAGAGAAUGGAAGAAAGUAACUGAAAGACCAGACACUUAAGGAGGUGUUAACACAUACAAAUUCACAUAUAAAGACAUGCACAGACACAUACACACACAGCACCUCCAGUAUUGUGUUUAUUUAUCUAUGGAUGCCACCACUAUAUGGUACACCAUUCCCAUGAUUCCUCAUCCCUGUGACCCUUCCUGCAUGUGCUGCCUUACUGCCCAAACUGAUUCUGCACGAUCCCUUUAUACUGCUUCACUAGGAUAAUCAAGUGUACUAGCAAAUGCUCGAGAAGAAACUCACCCUUAUGAGGAGGCAAUAAACUGACACACGCAUCUCAAACUUUUCCUACAAGCCAUCUACACUACUUUAAUGGUUAGUGGAUCAUCUAUGUUACUUUCUGGACAGCAUUACUCAUGAACAGUCCCAAAGGUUUGGGUAAACUCUCAUCAAGGUAUAACAUUUCUUUAAGUGACUUCAGUGUGGACAGAAUGGAAAAAGUGACAACUGGAACACAAUGCAAAAAUAUAGUCUUUAACUGAAAAAAAAAAAUACAAUGAAUAUUAUACAUGCAUGUUGUAUUAACAUUUGUAAGAACCUGUGUAAAUUAUGCACAUCUUUCUGUGGUCCCCUCUUCAUUAUCACUAAUUGUGUUUUGUGCAAAUUACACAGUAGAGCCAUAAAGAGAUGCCAGCACCUGUGGAGCACAACAUUUUUUUUUGUAAAAAAGUUAUAAAUUUGUAGUCAGGUUGGAUUCUUAAAUCUGUUUUAUUUUUGGAACUGUUUCCAUGGAAACUUUGGGGUAUGUCAGCAAAAACAGCCGACUUCAAACAAGAGAUGCAACGAUCAGGGUUUUUUGGCCACUUCCCAAUCUGUAAAGCUUUAAUUUGCCAAUACCAAUUUUUGCAGAUUCCAAAAUAUUUUUAAAGGCAUCUUUUGAUUAGACCAAGAACAUUUUCUACGAGAAUAAUAUUUUGAGAUCAUAUUUUUCUGAUAACCUUUGUUUACCCUGGCCAAUUUUAUUCAAGUAUUUCGACUGUGGAACAUGGCUGUUAGAUGAACAAACAGUGAGUGGUAACUGCUUGCACUGCAGGAGUGUCUACUGAGGUUUCACUCAGUGGCUGAGUGGGAUAGUCGUUCCAUCUAGGAAUUAAAAGCCUCAAUCUUCAGCAAUAAAAUACGUCUAUUUAUCCUGUCACGACAAAGUCCAUGAUAAGGUGUAACUGAUAAAACAAUUUACAUGGAGUUUGUGGCCACACGUCUGUUUUGUAGCCUAUCCCUUUUCAGGUAAAAGAAGAGGCGAGACACCCCCAGUCAGGAUUGCCACCUGGCAUUUUAGACUGAAGUCUUUGGUAAUGUUACAAGGUUUAUGCAAUAACAAAAUUACAAUAAUUUCAGUACUUCAUCUGUAAAAGAUCUGGAUUCAUGGUGAUUGCAGUUGUUUUUAUUUGUGCCACAGCACAUAGAUGGUUUAAAAGCAUCAAAUAUUGCUUUCAAUUAAUUUACUUCCCCCCUCACCUCUGACAGCUGUACACACAUUACUUAAAAAUACAUUACAGUUAAAAUCAACAGUAUGUAUGAGCUUAAGAAUAUUUUAAUGUUAUGUUUGACAUUAUAAUCAUACUAUAAACCAUUUUAUAAUACUUAGCAUCUCCUUCGACCAAAAUCUACUCAAAAGUCACAAGUACUUAGAGUAAUAGUAGCUCCUGAUACGAAGCUAUUUUUGGAGUAUUUUCUACCCUGGUCAUUUCUUUUUACGUUGGUAAAUGUAGCGCAAUUGCAGGGGGUAAUAAUGGCUCGUACCCUGGUUCUUGGAGAAGGUUCCUGGGGUGGAAAUGUUCCUUAAGAACUAUAAUAACCAAGAUUCUAAAUAUUACUAUUUUAACCCUUCUGUCUUGAGCAAUCUUAUUUAUGAUAGGAGUUAAGGCAAUUUCAUACGCUUUGUAAAAGAGCAGUCACUGUCAAACCAGGUUAUACAAUGUUUUUUUCAAACUAACUUUAUAACUGGCUAAAGCACCUUCGCUACAAGGCAGGUGAACAAAGUUAAAAUUACCAUAACGGCCAUCUCUGUGAUUUUCCCAGAAAUACAGACCCAUAGUUUAACUCUAAGAUUCCAAAGAAAGCUGCCAACAUUUAACAUCUUUCAUCAGUGGCUUAGUUAAAAAUCUCCAGUGGCCAAUGUAAAGCAACUUUGCUGUGAUCUAUUUCUUCCUCUAUGCAUUGCUUUCUUUAAGUAGCAUCCUCAAUAUGCAGCAGAGAAGUCUCCUGUCGCCUGUUGAAUAGUUCUUAUUUUUUUGAUAGCUUCUUACACCUUCUUUGGUUUAACUUAGUUCAUUUUUCAACACUUUACAGACACUAAGAUAGCAAACCUGACUGUUCUUCCUUCACAACUUGCACACAAAAGACUGUGAUUGGCAUUGUGCAUUCACUGACAAAAAAAUAUUGGAUUUCAAGUUUCAGACCUAUUGGUCAAUGCUUGAGCUGGUCAAGCUGAAAAUGGACCAGUAUUGAUCACCAGACCAUCACUCAGUGUAUCUCUGCUUGGAACUCCUACUUCAGUCAGUACAUAUGGUCUUAGUUAUGAACAGGACAUAACUAGAAUGUGGUUAUUGCAUUGCAUUGCAGUUUGAAACCACUUGUGAGAGAGUGGUAAAAAAUGUACUCACAUUCCAUAAAGUGGGCUGACAAUAAGAUGUUUACAGAUGUUUGCAUCAAUAAUAAAUUAGUUAAUAAUAAAACAUGAUUUGAAAACACAAUUAGAAAUUAAAUUAGAGCUCAGAGCAAGUGGGAUCAUCUGCAUUAAAAAUAUAAAACCAGUUAAAAACAUUUUUUCAGAACCACACUUGUUUAAACUAUAUCUAUUUUUUAAACUAUCCUGCAUUGUUUUGUAUUGAAGAUAAAUCUUAAAUAUAAUGGUUUGUGGGGAAAGGGAUAAAUAUGGUAAGCAAGGUCAGAAGAAUGGGGAAAGAUUUAAGCAGACUCAAAAUAUGACAACCCAUAUUUGUGGGCUACAGUACGGUAUAAACAUAUAUUUAUAUAUACAUUAGCAUGAUAUUUAUGAGUGAGACUAAGGUUUUUUUGUAUUCUAAGUGGUACUACAUUUUUACACUGUUUAAUCCUAAAUUGUUAGUGAUACAUAGAUAUGCAAGCGAUGUGAAGUGAGUAGACGAUUCUUGGUUCGGCACGGUGAAUUUCUCACAAUACAUUUUCUACAGGUUGUGAAAAGAGUAAAAAAAUCCUACACUGUUUGUAAUCACUUCUCAUGUAGUGUUACAGUCAAUUAGAUUGUUGAUUGCUGCUUAAGGAUGUCAUCUCUAGUUAAACAGUUAGGACUGUAAGGUCUUCCUUUUUGAUGUCUUAAUCUCUAGGUGUUUUAUUUGUAAAGAAACCACAUUUGUUGGUUGUUUGUGCUAACAUGGUGUGCUUAGCCUGUCCCCCAGUGUUCACUGCUCGAACAGGCUCAGAUGAGGAGCCUUUCUGUGGUACUUUGAUAUAUCAUAACUUGUAUGCAAGAAAGAAAGUGGUGGGUCUUGAUAGAUAAAACGUGUUUAUGUUUUACAUUCAUAAAAUCUUUUAUGUAUCAUUUGCUUUGUUUUGUGCUGCUACCACCAAAUAUCAUGGUUUUAAUCAAAUUAUCAUAAUUUAGUGCAUUCAUCCCAGUUAAAAGCAAGGCAGUACAACUCGAGUCUGUGUGGGGGUUUUAGAUGUAUGAUAUCAUUGUCAUUGUUAUUUAUGUACCUUCGUUAUAGAUGUGUAAUUAACUCUUUGAACUAAACUGAAUGAUGACGCCUCUAAAAAGGGACACUCUGCAUUUUGACAGCAUAUCGAAGAGGACAAGUCUGACUGUAUUGUUAAAGCAAAACAGACCUUAAUUGGUUAAGGAUGCAGCAGAUCAGUGCAUCGGCCAGGUCAGCACCAAAUAAUUCUGAACCAGCAGAGGUGUCAAACAUGCCAGAGUAUCCCUUUUCAGCCAGCUGUUGUUUUGUGCUUGAACUUGCAUGACUAAGGUUUGUGGCUAAUGCAUUUGACAAUGACAUGGUGACAAGGGAGAACGAGUGGUAAAGAAAGCACAAUGAUAUUCCUAUGUAUUUAUGUGGAAAGAUAAGCUGAGAUGUUAUGGAUUGUUUCCCUUUUAUAAAUGUAGAUUUAUUUCUGUAGUGUUCAUGUUCUGUUGACAAGGACAUGUCCUUAGCAUUUUUUUGUUGUACUUUGCAGCCAAUGGAAAAGCUUUUUUCUGGAGACAGUAUCCAAUGAAAGUCUUUUGUUGUUCUAAAAGCCCUCUGUUCCAAAACUUCCUCAUAUAUCCUUUUCUAUGUGAUGUGUUGUUUUUCAAAAGCUUACAAGGAGAUGCUUUUGUGUUUGUACGUUGACUGAAUGUGUGUGUCUGUGUGCAAGAGUAAACUGCUCGAUUUGUGUCCUCUGUCUAACAGUUUUUGUGGACAACAGAGCUCUGUAUAUAAUGGCAAAGGUACAGUGGUGUGUAGGGAGGUCUGUAGCUGAAGGUCUGAGGUCAAAGGCCAAAGUUAAUGUGGUGUACUGUAAUAUUUCCGGGUCUUUGUGAAACGUCAUGUCAGAUUUUUUGAUUAAUACAAUAAAAAUAUGCAGUUAAUUUAA